UUCAUCCCUCCCACGGAUUCUCAGACCCCAAACCAAAAAUGCAAAACACGGACAGUCUAUAACAUCCUUCCUCCUCCACUAACCUACACCCCUCAUCUCUUAACCUACACCCACCUCCCCAAAAAAACCCCAUCUCUCCACAGUUCAUAACCCUUCACCUAAAACCCUCAAAACCCACCUGCUAACACACGGCGCCAUGGGCAAAGGAGCAUCUCUCCAACCAAACAUAAUAAAGAAGAUCCUGCUAUCAUACACAUACGUGGCGAUAUGGAUCUUCCUCUCCUUCUCUGUGAUAGUCUACAACAAGUACAUCCUCGACAAGAAAAUGUUCAAUUGGCCAUUCCCAAUCUCUCUAACCAUGAUUCACAUGGCCUUCUGCUCUUCUUUGGCCUUUCUCCUCGUCCAUGUCUUUCGCAUUGUAGAACUCCCAUCCUCUAUGACCCGCGAGGUCUACAUAUCUUCGGUAGUCCCCAUCGGUGCUCUCUACUCCCUCUCUCUUUGGUUCUCAAAUUCCGCUUAUAUCUACCUCUCCGUUUCCUUCAUCCAAAUGCUCAAAGCCCUCAUGCCUGUUGCCGUCUAUUCCAUUUCCGUUGGCCUCAAGAAGGAGCAAUUCAAGUCAAACACCAUGGCCAACAUGCUCUCCAUCUCUGUCGGUGUCGCCAUCGCCGCCUAUGGCGAGGCUCGCUUCGACUCCUGGGGUGUGGCCCUCCAGCUUGGAGCGGUGGCGUUCGAGGCAACUCGGUUGGUUCUUAUUCAGAUCCUGCUCACCUCGAAGGGGAUCACACUCAACCCGAUCACGUCGCUGUACUAUGUCGCGCCGUGCUGUUUUUUGUUCCUCUUCGUGCCGUGGGUGCUGGUGGAGUUCCCUGUGCUGAGGCAGACGUCGAGCUUUAGAUUGGAUUUUGUGAUUUUUGGGACGAAUUCGGUGUGUGCGUUCGCGCUGAAUUUGGCGGUGUUUUUGCUGAUUGGGAAGACGUCGGCGCUGACGAUGAAUGUUGCUGGGGUGGUGAAGGACUGGCUGUUGAUUGCGUUCUCGUGGUCUGUGAUCAAGGACACUGUGACGGUGGUGAAUUUGGUGGGGUAUGGGAUCGCCUUCCUGGGUGUGGCGUAUUAUAACCACUUGAAGCUGCAGGCGAUGAAGGCGAAGGAAGCGCAGAAGAAGAGCACACAGGCAGAUGAGGAGGCGGGCAGGCUUUUGGAGGAGAGGGAAGGGGACGGGUUGGGACGGAAGAGCGAGGCUCAGGCUUGAGAGCUGCUGGCUGCUGAUUCUUGAGCAGACCAAACAUGGUUUUCUAUUUUUAUAAUUGGAAGAAAAAAAUUAAGAUCUUGGAGUUGGGUUUUUGUCAUGGAGGGAAAUGGGGAAAUUGGUGUUACUCAAAUCAGUUCAUCAGAUCGAUUUGAAGGCGAAUUUUCUAUUUGGGUAUGUUUUGGAUGGUGGAUUGUGGAGGCAGCAGGUUUUCAAUAUGGGUGUGUUUUAGAUCUUCAUUUCUCGUAUUAUUGUUCAUAAUUCUCAUGGUUUCCUGAUCUGGGGGCUUGAAUUGAAUGCUCUGUUCGUUAACUUGCUACACCAGUCCAUCCAUGUGAGUAAUGACAGAAGUCCUACAAUGGUCCUCCGAUUAUUUACUAGACACGUCUAUGUAGGAACUCUUCCCAUCAUAGGAAAUUCAAAUGCUUAUGUAUAUUGAUAUGUGGUCAUCUUUGCUCCUUCGAACCUUAUUCUCUUACUCUGUAACUUUUGUCAUUGUGAAUCGUAUUUUUGUUUAUCGCGUUGGGCA